AUAUUUAGUCCAAUAAUAACUAUAGAAGAUGAAUGAGAGUACUGUUUUGAUGUGAAGAAAUGAGUAUGUACUAAAUAUAUAAAAUGAGCAUCCUGGGGGCAUUAUAGCUCACAAGGGUUCAGCCAGUGCUUAUAUCCAGCUCUUUGCAGACAGACUCUGUGAUUUCUGUUCUCCUCGUGUUGGUUAAUUUGCACUAUAACAAAACAUGAAGCCAAUAGCUUUAACAGUCUUUGCAACACUUGAGAUCCAUGGACAGUUGCAAAGUCCAUCAAAUCACAGUGCUUUUAUUCAUAAACAUAGUAAUUCUUCUCUUUAUGAACUUUAUUGCAUGAUGUGAUACCAUGUGGUAACUUGAAAACUAAGAGGCAUAGAUAAACCUUUCACUGAUUUUUCUAUUCCAUCUAUGGAGGUUACUAAAAACUAACAAUUUAAUAAAGUCUGCAUAUCUUUUUAUUUAACAUGUUUAUUGUACACUGACUGUAUUGGGCACUGUGCUAAAUGACUAAAACAGAAUGCAAGACACAACUCAAUGGAUGAAUGAAUCUUUCAAAUUCUGUCGGGUAACUACAUGGAUUUUACUUUCUCACACACUGUAAAGAGGAAGUGAGGUCAUGAGGAGAAGGUACAGUGCAGGACAGAAUCUAAACCUGAAGACUUGCUUUGCCAUUUGAUGCACUAAGAAUUAGAAGGACAAGGGAAAGGUAGUACUGGCGAGGGAGAGUAAGAAGUGCCAUUGAGGGAUGUUGAGGAAAUAGGAGCAAACCGGACAGUAGGGUCAGUAGUAUGUGAGUUAUAUGGAGAGAGUAUAAAAUAAAUCUCUGAACAAGCCAGUUGAUGAAAUUUUGGUUAAUUCAAGGAUUCAUCUUAAAAAUUCAUUUCAGUGAUAUCUCUGUGCUUAGGCCACUUUUGAAAUUCUUACUGUGAUCUGCCCCCAGAUCCAGUUUUCAGACACAGAAGAAACAUUUUUUUAAACAAUAAAACAUGCUUUAUUCUAUAUUUAUGUAAGUUAUCAGGCUGUUUCAAAAGAGCUUUAUUUAUAAAAAUUAAAUCUAUCCACAAGAACAGUUAUUUAGCUAGUAAACCACAUAUUGUAAGCCAUGAAAUUAAGCCAAAAGCAGUAAGAAUCUUAAAAAUAUAUGCUUCCAUUUUAUAAAAAUUGACCAUUUUAAGAUCAAAAUUAUCACGUUAUGAUCAGAGUCCUAAAAACACACAGCAUGUAGGGUUUCUUCUGAUUGAGGUAGAUGGAAGAAACAUACUUAAACUUACUAUGCAUUAAAAUGUAGAGUUGCUUUCUCUUAAUUGAAUCUCCCUGUUUAGGUCACUGGGUAAUAGUUUUCCUGUUCAUCACUAGAGAAUGGCUUAUUUAUAGUAGGUUUUGUAUAUGUGCCAAAGACUGUGUGCACAUAUAUAGAAAAUAGAGAGCAGGGACACAUGAAAUGGACAACGUGAAGACUCAUUCCAAAUAUUCUUUUAAAAACUGUGCAGUCAUUAAAGUCCUGUUUUCCAUUCUCUAUAAAAUGGUAGCAGAACUAACAUAUAAAGUAUUUUCUGGGCAAUAAAAAUAGUUAAAAGGCCCUUGAAAACUGAAAAUGUUCUUUAUGAAUGGACAUGUGUGUGUUUGACAAAUAGAUUGAUGGUCACCUAUAAAAUAUGAAGUAAUGACAUCAAAAUAAGGGCAUUCUUAGUUUAGGUCAAAGCUUGAGCUGAACAUCUUAGAUAAAUGGCCCUAUAUAUGGAACCACCUAAGAUUUCAUCUGAGACAGUUAUUGGCAGUGGAUGCAUGCUGAUUUGAGAGUGUUCUAAGACCAUCGUUGGAACCUUCAGGAAAUAGGCUCUUAUACUGAAAUAAAUCGAGAAUAAUUGAUAAAAUAUCUCUGAUCAUGGUUACAUUUUUUAAUUUAUGGGAAAGAUUUUAUAUAAUGUGUCAUUUAGUUGGAUUUUAAUUAAGAUGGUAAAAUAUUUUUCUAUAAUUACAUAACCCACUAUAUCGUCACUGUAUGGAGUCUUUAAAAAGAGACCAGAAGGAACACUAUUCACUUUUCUUUAAAAAUAAUUUAGGGUGGGUUAAAAAAGAAAUUAGUAUGACCGAGUGCACGUUUUCUGAGUGUACUGUGCUGCAGAGUUACAGCCUGAAAGCUGUAGGUGGUAGAAGCCUGUUGUCUGUCAUAGUCUCAUUACUUCGUGAUAUUGAAAGGAGAACAGAGCACUUAUUUUUAGUGUUUCAGUCCUGUGCAGUAGCUGGAAGAGACACAUUCUCUGGCUGAAGUCAUUCGUUUUUCAGAAAAGAGAAAGAGACUGGAAAAAAUGCAUAAUUUCUCUUCUUUCCCAGUAGCAACAUUGAGAAGAUACCUUGUCCCAUUUUUUAUUACUUACAAGAUUUUAUUGCCGGCAGCCAGAUGUGCAGAAACUCCUGACGACAGCAUAUAUUCGUUGCGUGUUUUUAAUAGGCUUAGAGAAAUAUGAGUAGAGUACAUGAAAGCAGCCCAGCCUCACACUUCAGCUGGGAAUGCCCAAAAGCUCACUGCUGUUUAGAAUUCUUGCUACAGUCAGGAGAACGCCGAAAGCUGCACGAGCCCGAGUCUCCUCCGACUGAAGUAGAAGAAUAAUGACUGUACAAUUAACCAUCAACCUCUGCUCAUUUAAGCACAGUUUUCACAGAGCUCAGGAGAAAUAUGGAACUUGAUUGGCAUGUUUUUAUUUGAUGGUGUCUGCGAAUAGAUGACUUUUAAAGACAGGUGGUAAGGAAAAAUAAGAGGAGGAUAAAAGGAAAGAAAAUGCAAUUUGAGACAUUGCGCCAGGUCUGCAAUUCUGUUCUAUCUCAUUUCCAUGGGGUUUUUUCAUCCCCACCAAAUAUUAUACAGAAUGAGCUUUUUGGACAAACGCUGAACAAUGCAAGGAAAAGAAGUCCAUCACUGUCCCGGGAUCAAAAUCGAAGAUACGACCAGAGUGAAGAGAGAGAGGAGUAUCCACAGUAUGUUCCUUCAGAUAGCACAAUGCCUAGAUCGCCAUCAGAUUAUGCUGAUAGACGAUCUCAACGGGAACCUCAGUUUUAUGAAGAACCUGACCAUUUAAAUUAUAGGGAUUCUAACAGGAGAGGCCGUAGACAUUCCAAAGAGUAUAUUGUAGACGACGAGGAUGUGGAGAGCAGAGAUGAAUAUGAAAGGCAGAGGAGGGAGGAGGAGUACCAGGCUCGCUACAGAAGCGAUCCGAAUUUGGCCCGGUAUCCGGUCAAGCCACAACCCUAUGAAGAACAAAUGCGGAUCCACGCUGAAGUGUCCCGAGCACGACACGAGAGAAGGCACAGUGAUGUGUCUUUGGCAAACGCUGAACUCGAAGAUUCCAGGAUUUCUCUGCUAAGGAUGGAUCGACCCUCAAGGCAGAGAUCUGUAUCUGAACGUAGAGCUGCGAUGGAGAGUCAACGCUCUUACUCUAUGGAAAGAACUCGAGAGGCUCAGGGGCAAAGUUCUUAUCCACAAAGGACCACAAACCACAGCCCCCCAACCCCCCGGAGGAGCCCUAUCCCAGUCGAUAGACUGGACACCAGGCGAGCCGACUCCCCGCGGAAGCACCACCACUUAGAUCCCAGCUCUGCUGUCAGGAAAACCAAACGGGAGAAAAUGGAGACCAUGCUUAGAAACGAUUCUCUGAGUUCAGACCAGUCGGAGUCAGUGAGGCCCCCUCCGCCGCGGCCUCACAAAUCGAAGAAAGGAGGUAAAAUGCGCCAGGUUUCCCUGAGCAGCUCUGAGGAGGAGUUGGCGUCCACACCUGAGUACACGAGCUGUGACGAUGUUGAGAUUGAGAGCGAGAGUGUGAGCGAGAAAGGAGACAUGGAUUACAACUGGUUGGACCAUGCGUCUUGGCAUAGCAGUGAGGCCUCCCCAAUGUCUUUGCACCCUGUGACCUGGCAGCCAUCCAAAGAUGGAGAUCGCCUGAUUGGUCGUAUUUUAUUAAAUAAGCGUUUGAAAGACGGGAGUGUGCCUCGAGAUACAGGAGCAAUGCUGGGUUUAAAGGUUGUAGGAGGAAAGAUGACUGAAUCAGGUCGGCUUUGUGCAUUCAUUACCAAAGUAAAAAAAGGAAGUUUAGCUGAUACUGUUGGACAUCUUAGACCAGGUGAUGAAGUACUAGAAUGGAAUGGGAGGCUAUUGCAAGGAGCCACAUUUGAGGAAGUUUACAACAUUAUUCUAGAAUCCAAACCUGAACCACAGGUUGAGCUUGUUGUAUCAAGGCCAAUUGGAGAUAUCCCUAGAAUACCCGAGAGCACACAUGCACAACUGGAAUCCAGUUCUAGCUCAUUUGAAUCUCAAAAAAUGGAUCGUCCUUCUAUAUCUGUUACUUCUCCCAUGAGUCCUGGGAUGCUGAGGGAUGUCCCGCAGUUCUUGUCUGGACAGCUUUCAAUAAAGCUAUGGUUUGACAAGGUUGGUCACCAGUUGAUAGUUACAAUCUUGGGAGCAAAGGAUCUCCCUUCCAGGGAAGACGGGAGGCCAAGGAAUCCUUACGUUAAAAUUUACUUUCUUCCAGACAGAAGUGAUAAAAACAAGAGAAGAACAAAAACAGUAAAGAAAACAUUGGAACCCAAAUGGAACCAGACCUUCAUUUACUCUCCUGUCCACCGAAGAGAAUUCCGGGAACGGAUGCUUGAAAUCACCCUUUGGGAUCAAGCUAGAGUUCGCGAAGAAGAGAGUGAAUUCCUAGGAGAGAUCUUAAUAGAACUGGAAACGGCUCUGUUGGAUGAUGAACCACACUGGUACAAACUGCAGACCCAUGACGUCUCUUCCUUGCCCCUCCCUCACCCCUCUCCAUAUUUGCCACGAAGACAGCUCCAUGGAGAGAGCCCAACACGCAGGUUACAAAGGUCGAAGAGAGUGAGUGACAGUGAGGUCUCUGACUACGAUUGUGACGAUGGUGUUGGUGUAGUAUCAGAUUACCGGCACAAUGGUCGCGAUCUUCAAAGCUCUACCUUGUCAGUGCCAGAACAAGUAAUGUCCUCAAACCAUUGUUCACCAUCAGGGUCUCCACACCGGGUAGAUGCUAUAGGAAGGACUAGAUCAUGGUCACCAAGUGUCCCUCCUCCGCAAAGCAGGAAUGUAGAACAGGGGCUUCGAGGGACACGUGCUCCUGGUCAUUACAAUACAAUUAGCCGAAUGGACAGACACCGCGUCACGGAUGACCAUUAUUCUCCAGAUAGAGACAGGGAUUGUGAAGCAGCAGAUAGACAGCCAUAUCACAGAUCCAGAUCAACAGAACAGCGGCCUCUCCUAGAGCGGACCACCACCCGCUCCAGAUCCUCUGAACGUCCUGAUACAAACCUCAUGAGGUCGAUGCCUUCAUUAAUGACUGGAAGAUCUGCCCCUCCUUCACCUGCCUUAUCGAGGUCUCACCCUCGGACCGGGUCUGUCCAGACAAGUCCAUCAAGUACUCCUGUAGCAGGGCGAAGGGGCCGGCAGCUGCCACAGCUCCCACCAAAGGGAACACUGGAGAGAAAAGAAGUGGAUUCCACAAGGAAAAGAUAUACAGGUGCUAUGGAUAUAGAGGAGAGAAAUCGCCAAAUGAAAAUUAACAAAUACAAACAGGUAGCCGGAUCAGAUCCCAGACUGGAACAAGAUUACCAUUCGAAGUAUCGAUCGGGAUGGGAUCCACAUAGAGGGGCAGACACUGUCUCCACUAAAUCCUCGGACAGUGAUGUAAGUGAUGUGUCUGCGCUUUCCAGGACUAGUAGUGCCUCUCGUUUCAGCAGUACGAGCCACAUGUCCGUCCAGUCAGAGCGGCCGCGGGGAGACCGGAGAAUCAGUGUGUUUCCAUCCAAAAUGCAAAGCAGACAGAUGGGCGUGUCAGGGAAGAACAUGACCAAAAGCACGAGCGUCAGUGGAGACAUGUGCUCCCUCGAGAAGAACGAUGGCAGCCAGUCGGACACCGCGGUGGGCACCUUGGGUACCAGUGGCAAGAAGCGACGCUCUAGCAUUGGGGCCAAAAUGGUAGCUAUUGUUGGUCUCUCCCGGAAGAGUCGCAGUGCGUCUCAACUCAGCCAAACCGAAGCAGGAGGUAAAAAGUUACGGAGCACUGUCCAGAGAAGCACAGAAACCGGCCUGGCAGUGGAGAUGAGGAACUGGAUGACGCGGCAGGCCAGCCGGGAGUCCACGGACGGCAGCAUGAACAGCUACAGCUCAGAAGGAAACCUGAUUUUCCCUGGUGUCCGCCUGGCCUCCGACAGCCAGUUCAGCGAUUUCCUUGAUGGCCUGGGCCCUGCUCAGCUAGUGGGCCGCCAGACCCUGGCCACUCCUGCAAUGGGUGACAUCCAGGUGGGGAUGAUGGACAAAAAAGGACAAUUGGAGGUGGAAAUCAUUCGGGCUCGAGGCCUUGUUGUCAAACCAGGUUCCAAGACACUGCCAGCACCGUACGUCAAGGUGUAUCUGUUAGACAACGGAGUCUGCAUAGCCAAAAAGAAGACGAAGGUGGCGAGGAAGACCCUGGAGCCCCUGUAUCAGCAGCUCUUGUCCUUCGAGGAGAGCCCCCAGGGGAAGGUGUUACAGAUCAUUGUCUGGGGAGAUUAUGGCCGCAUGGACCACAAAUCCUUUAUGGGAGUGGCCCAGAUACUUUUAGACGAACUAGAACUAUCCAAUAUGGUGAUUGGAUGGUUCAAACUCUUCCCGCCUUCCUCCCUAGUAGAUCCAACCUUGGCACCUCUGACAAGAAGAGCUUCCCAAUCGUCUCUGGAAAGUUCUACUGGACCUUCUUACUCUCGUUCAUAGCAACUAUAAAACUGUUGUCACAACAACCAGCGAUACAGAAACAGAAGAAAAUGCACAGGUCGAAACCCUGGUAACACUGCAUGCUUGGUGUUGUGUCUUUGGAGCCCACGUCUAGGGAUACAAAGCGAUCCUGUGUUCUCAGAGGAAGUCGUACACAUUGUGCCCUAGCAAAGGCCCUCAGGUCGAAGAGCAGAGCUGUGAAGAACUGUCAGGUUUGGAGUUCAGUGACACUCGAGUUCCCGUCCAAUCUGAAGCCAUGGAUUAAUCUCAAAGAAUCAGUCAGCCCUUUUCAAUGGCACCUUUAUAUUUUUAUCGUUUUUCUUCAUUUGUCUGACCCCAAAGCCUGUUAGGCCACAGAAAUGGAGCUCUACAGCCAUUAAGCCACACUACAGGCCAAGAAGCGAAGUCCUAGGAAGCGUCAGGUGAAAAGCAAGAGACCAAAGACGUGGUCAGGAGCAGAGUUGGCCACCGCUCCCAAGGGGGCUCCGGCAGGGAGACUGGUAGACUCUGGGAAGCCCCAGGAGGCAUGGCAUUCACUAAUGCCGAGAUGUGUUGGACUCUGAAAUCAAAAUUCUGGGACUGCACUGUACUGAAUGAAAUUAAAGAAACUUUUUUUUGCAUGGACACAGAUUAGCUGAAUAUUUAAAUUAUUUUCUCGGGGCUGCAACUUGCAAAAAAAAUAAUAAAAUAAAAUAAAAAUCAGCCAUUUUCAACAAUUUAUAUUAUUUUUAAAAGUAAAUUUCACUAGUGCAUGGUUUUCAAAUGGGAGAGAAUGCAACAGGGUGAUACAAAGACACACCAUGUUUAUUCUUUAAUCAUAGUCUGUGUUUUGGCAGACAUUACAAAUGAAAAUACUUUCUAGCGGAUACUUAAAAUCCUCUUUAUGUGACAAUAAGUAUAAUAUAUUCAAUUUAUUUCCAUGUUAAAUAUACAGAUCUUAUGAAGUUCACUAUGUGCAAAUUUUUCACAUCUUUCCUCUUCUCUAUCUCACUUUUCUUCCCACUUUGAACCUUUGUUUCCUUCUCUCUUCCUGAGUGAACCCCCAUACUAAAAUACUACAAAUCGUUCACCUGGCCCUCUGAUGCCCCAUAUUUGAUUCAGAGCACAGAUGCGUCUGAAUUUAUGGAUUUCUCAAAUCUGUCCGAGAGCUUUCUUUAUUUCAAGCAUGUUGAAAGGAUUUUGCAACAUGACUUGGGACAUAAGCAAGUCAGCACGUAUUUGACAAAGAAGAUAUUUGAACAUUUGCAGUUUAUUGUACAGUGCAUGGUAAUUUUUUUUCACCUUAAAAAUUCAGUUUACAGGAAAAUCCUAAAAUCAUGUGGCAUUGUAAUGUCUAACAAAUUUGUUUUUAGCACCAGCAUUAUUCAUACAGGGGGUUAAGUAUUAUUUGUAGGUCUUAGGUUUUGUUUGUUUUUUAAUUUGUUAAAGCAAUUUCGUUAGCUGAUUUCCAUUUACUAUGUGAAUAGAAACACUGCUAAAGACGUGGAGCCCUGAAACACAGGGCUGUUUAUUAAUUCAUUUUUCUGUAGUAAAAUUCAAUUUUUCACAAAUUAUAUUUCUAAAGAAAUAUAGUAAACAUAAAUUUGCAACAAUUUUAAAGCUCCAAUUUUUAGAUGACUCGAAGAACGUCAAUAUGCCUCUUAACAGUUAUUUGACGCCGUCACCAAAAGUCUACAUGCAGACCCUCAAGUCAAAACCCCACGUGCGUGCAGUUCACGGGCAGUUUUUACCGUUAGUGACGCUGCAAGGUCCAGUUUCUCUCCAGGUCCCUACUGAGAGGAAAUGUCACUGGUCAAUGUAACAAACCACUCAUCCUUUCUGUUCCUCACACGUGCUUUGAUUACACAUCCUUAAAGAUUGCUUUUAUCUCCUUGCAAUAAUUUUUGAAAUCCAUCUACAUCCCGUUUGUUUAAAUGGAGGCCAUGCACACACACAAAAAUAUUUUCUUUGUUUCUCUUUUUGAAUUCAAUGCUGACCAUUGAAAACUGUCAUGCUUGAUAUGGUGCAAAAGUUAAAAUGAGCUAUCACUCAAAAUGCCUUCUCUUUAUGUGGUGCAACAUGAACUACACCAAGACCGUGUCUUGAUUUUCUGAGACCUAUGGCAGACCCAGGCGAAGGUGAGACAAGAAGGAACAUAAUGCUAUGAGAUACUUUCGACACCUGCGUACCAGCAGCGAUUUGGUUUAAGAGACCUGUAGCGUCUUUGUUCUCCCUUAGGCUAGACAUUCACUAUGUUCCUGACACUAAAAUGAGUCACAGAAUCUUUUCUGCAUAUUCCUAUACAAAUUAUUUCUAAUUUUACUAAGAAAGACAUGACUGUGGAAUAUUUGUACAUACUUGUCAUUAUGCAGUAUUUAUUUAAAAGUUGGUGUACUUUUUUUUCAUUUUCACAUGUCUGCACCUCGACUUGUGGUUCCGUCGUGUAAAUAGCACAUGCCAGUGACCGUUGCUGCCCUGUACAUACAAUGUUUUCAAGUAAAGGGAAUUCCAGUUGGGGAAAAAUGGGGGGAGGGCAGAUUAGGCCUGUAACAAACACCGACUGAUGUCAAUCAAAUUCAUUCUGGUGAUGGUAUUUAACACUUUAAAUAAACCAUUUUCUUUACA